GGGGUGAUUAAGAUUUCAUUUGUCAUUGUCAUCUCAUUUGGCGCAGCAGGUAGGCUUUCCCUUUUUGGUAUCCGACAAUGCAAAGCUAUUGGGGGAUGGGUCUGACCGUGUGUGUUUGAACAUAUCCGGGAGGAGGGUGCUGGGUUAAGGCUAUAAAUAGUGGACAAAUCCCAAAGAGAGGGAGACACACACAAGACAGUAGAGUGGAAAAGAAGAGACGUUAGAGGAGGAAACAGAAAAUUGCCAGAAGGAGACUUGUUUGUGGAAAACUGUGUGACAUGUGAGAAGGAACCACAUAGAUUCUUCAAGGGAGACCUUAUCUUUAUUUUUGCUAAAUUAGAGAAAUAAACUCUACCAAACGAAUAGGGCGUAAAGAAGAAGAAGAAGAAGAAGAAAUGAAGGACUUGGUGCAGUCAGUAGAACUAGGGGUCUCUCAGCGAAAAAGACUCAACGUAUCUCAACCCAAAGUUUGGCUAAAGAAUGAACUUGUUCGUGUGGGACUUGCUGAAUCCCUUUGCACAUAUGUCAUGAUGGUGCUUGGCCUAGGGUCUGUGGCCCAGGUAGUGACAGGACAGGGAGUGUUCGGCGAGUACCUCAGCAUCAACCUGGGUUUUGGCCUGGGUGUUGCUAUGGGGGUUCAUGUUGGAGGGAAGGUCUCAGGGGCUCACAUGAAUGCAGCAGUGUCAUUCACAAUGUGCACGUUUGGCCGCCUGGGGUGGAAGAUGCUGCCUCUCUAUGUUUUUGCGCAGCUAUUGGGGUCAUUUCUGGCGGCAGGGACAAUUUAUGUUGUCUAUUAUGAAGCCAUAUAUGACUAUUGUGGAGGAAACCUGACUGUAACAGGUGUAAAGGCCACAGCUGGUAUUUUUGCCACCUAUCCUGCGCCGUACCUCUCCUUGCUGGCUGGAUUCAUUGAUCAGGUGUUUGGCACAGCAAUGCUGCUGCUGUGCUUGAUGGCUCUGUCUGACCAGAAGAACAAACCGGCUGCAGUGGGCAGCGAGCCUGUCGCAGUGGGUCUCCUGGUGCUGCUCAUUGGCAUUUCUCUGGGAAGCAACAGCGGCUAUGCUAUCAACCCCACCAGAGACAUCGCACCCAGAGUCUUUACUGCCAUAGCAGGCUGGGGUGCUGACGUGUUCAGGUCUGGAAAUGGGUGGUGGUGGGUGCCUCUAGUUGCCCCCCCCAUUGGAGGAGUAUUGGGUGCGGGGCUGUACAGGGUCUUGGUGGAAAUGCACCACGCUCCCCUCUCUGAACAGGAUGGGGGGCUGGUGGAGGAGGAGACUGCCUCUCUGGAGAAACAGGGAAACAUCUGUGCUAAUAUGUGUCUGAGGCCCCCAACUAGCCUGUAAAGCUAUAUGGAUAUCUAUAUGCGGUUGAAACAUUCCAUGAUGACAUGGGUUAAAAAAUAGACCAAAAACAAAUUGCUUAGAUGGACAGAAGGACUGGCUCAAAUAAGGUUUUAAAUAUCUCAAGCAAUUUUGAAAUGAUGAGUCUGUUUAUUACUGUCAUCAUCAAUCUUAGUUAGGCUACUCAACUGCAGUUUAUGUACUUGUCAGUGACUGCAACACAUAAUUUAUAAAAUACCAACACAAUCAUUUAUAAAAUACAUAAUAUAUUUUAUAACUAUGACAAAGAUA